CACCACCGCCACACCUCCUCCACCACCUCCUGCACCACCGCCACACCUCCUGCACCACAGCCAGACCUCCUGCACCACAGCCAGAGGAUAAUAUAUGACUUAUGAUACAAGAUGCAGUGCGUUAUCGACCAAUAUGUCAAGGAAGUGACCGACUUCAGUUCCCAAUAUGGCAGCGAUGGCUCCAUAUCCUAUGUGGCGAACAAUAUCAUCGGCAAACCAACUCUUUACCCGGAAUAUGGCGACUUCUCUUCAGCUUACUGCUUGAGGACUUAUGGUCGAUGGUGGAACAAAUGUGAUUCGUCUUCCACCCCUAUUGACGACCCUCGACCUAUGUUGCCUCCCACUGUUGACUUUAUUGAUGUGAAAUACGAGCACCCAGUAUACCCGAUCCGUGUGGAUAUCUACGAGACAUACCACCCGGGCAGUGUAGUGAGGAUAUGGGGGUCACUGGAGGGUCAUGCCUGGGUGCUCCUCUGGGCUGGUGAACCACAGUCUGGACUCAAGGGUGAAGCAAGGAUUUUUUCUCCGCCUUUAAUGCAUACAUCUCGUCUUGUGAAUUUACUAAGGAUAGAGUUCGACCAGCUCGGCCAGACGUACUACUCAGCCCUGGAUGCUAUUGUGCUAGUUGGGUCGACACAUACUGCUAGCAGGACCCAAGUGGCCAGUCUUGAUACUAUUACUUCCCAGGUUAUAAAACUUGGUCUACAUACUGCCAGGUGCGAGGAAGACAUCUUGGCUGGUGUCCGAUUUCUCUUAUCCGAAGAAAAUGUACAGAGGCUAUUGGCUGAAGCAAAGGAGGCGGAUGAGCCAAUCAGGGAGGAGAAGGCUGAUCUGAUGGAUGCACGGAUGGUGGAGGAUUGUCCAAGCAAGACCCUAACUCUGGUGGAUGUCUGUGAGGCGCCGGAUGCUCUGGAUGAUGGUGGAACAAAUGGAGGUUAUUUUGAUCUGUUGCCGGAGGAACUCAUACUGUACAUUCUACGCCACCUGGACCUGAGAACGCUGUGCCGCCUCUCACUCACCUGUCGACUCCUCCACCGCUACACCUCUGAGCCUUGUUUAUAUAUGAACCUGAACCUUAAGAACUGUUGGUGGCUGGUCAACAACACCACCCUAGAAUACCUCUCUGGGCGGUGUUCCCUCCUCCAGGCACUAGACCUCUCCUGGUGUGGACCUUAUGAUGCUCUACACACAGUCUAUUACACCCCACAGAACUGUUGGUGGCUGGUCAACAACACCACCCUAGAAUACCUCUCUGGGCGGUGUUCCCUCCUCCAGGCACUAGACCUCUCCUGGUGUGGACCUUAUGAUGCUCUACACACUCACACCUUCAUGGAGUUCAUACACUCUUCUGGUCGACAGCUGACGACUUUAAGGCUAAAUAAUUGUCAUUUUAUUGAUAAUUAUUGUUUGUAUAUGAUUGCUAAUGUCUGCUUGAGUCUUGAAGAGUUAAGUAUGGCUAACUGCAUUAAGGUUGACCAUCUGGGCUUCGGUGAGCUGAAGAAAGCCUGGGCACUGUGCAGGUUGGACCUCUCACGGACGCGCAUAGAUUUCCACACCUUGCAACUUCUUCUGCAACAUGCUGGCCAACUGCGACACCUGAGCUUAAAUAACUGCACACAGCUGGAUAUGGAUGAGGUGGCCCUAACCCUGGCCACGUUCAACAAGGGCCUGGUGUCUCUGACCGCCUGGAAGACUCAUGGCAUCACUAAUCGUGGCCUCAGAGCCUUAGCUUGUAUCCCUACCCUACAGGACCUGGACCUGGGCUGGGCGUUAUCAGGAGGCAUCACAGAGGGUCUGGGUGAUCUAGCCAGAGGUUGCAAGGAUCUCAAGAGGCUCUACCUCACAGCCCUGCGGACACUGACUGAUCAUGAUCUGCACCAGCUGAUAACUCACUCACACGGCCUUACCCAGCUGGAUAUUAUGGGCACUAGAAAUGUCACUCCUGAUACUGUCUACAGACUACUCCAGACGUGCCCACAACUUGAACUACUUGAUGUGAGUUUUUGUGAGCAGAUUCACUCUACUUUAGUUCACCAAUGGGUGGCUCAGUUCCCUGCUGUGUCCAUCAAGGGCGGGCUGUUUCACCAAGUCCGCAUAGUGUGAGGUGACGGCGCAGAGUGUGAGGUGACGGCGCAUAGUGUGAGGUGAUGACGCGUGCUAUAACAACUACAGUGACUGGAUAAUGAUGGUGAUGAUGAUGUUAAAUGCAGGAUAAUCAUCUUCACUACACCAUCAUAGACUACAUAAGACACCAUUAGUAUGUGAUACUUAUGUAUAUAUGUGUGUGUGUGUGUGCGUAUAGUGUGUGUUUAAUAGUGUGUGUGUGUGUGUGCGCAAGAAAGGUGUACUAGUCAUUGUGUGUAAGUGGUGUGUGUGUGUGUAUGUAAGUAAUUAAGUAGUAAGUGGCUGUUAAGUGAGUAAUUAAGUUAGUUUUAAGCAAUUUAAUAUUUUGUAAUUACUGUAUUUGUUACCUGAAGAUAAAAGUAUAUAUUGUGUAAUUAUA